UAAGUGUUUCUACGAACGAGGAAAGCGUUCGCUUGAAAGCGGCAGCGGCUUGCCGAUAAUGUGGAUGGACUUAGAAAACUUUUGCAAGAGUUAAAACAUCGGAUUUGAAGAUGGUUUGUGGGGGCUUCACGUGUUCAAAGAAUGCUCUGUAUUCACUAAAUGUGGUUUACUUGCUGGUGGGCCUGCUGCUCAUAGGCGUGGCUGCGUGGGGAAAAGGCUACGGCAUCGUCUCCAGCAUCCACAUCAUCGGCGGGGUGAUCGCCGUGGGCGUCUUCGUCCUCCUCAUCGCCAUCAUCGGACUCAUCGGCACCUCCAGCCACCACCAAGUCCUGCUCUUCUUUUACAUGCUCAUUCUGUUCCUGGUGUUCCUCUUCCAGUUUGGGACGUCAUGCUCCUGUCUGGCCAUCAGCAAGGACCAGCAGGUAAAGCUGCUGAACAGCUCGUGGACGUUCCUGGGCAGUGACAUGCAACAGAGUCUGGAGGUGAACCUGGACUGCUGUGGCUUCCUCAACACCACUGACAGCAUGGCACAGUUCAACAAAGACAUCGACGCGUGUAAAGCGGCGUGUAAGGUGAAGAAAGAGUGUUCCACCUGUGGAGAUCGAAUGCUGCGGCACUCGGGCAAAGUCCUCAAGAUCCUCGGAGGAGUCGGCCUCUUCUUCAGUUUCACACAGAUUUUCGGAGUGUGGCUUGCCAUGCGUUACAGGAACCAGAAAGACCCACGGUCCAAUGCCAGUGCUUUUCUAUAGGAACGUUCUUGAUGUGGCUAAAUGAGUCCAUGUUUAACACACACCACACCACACCACACCACACCACACACACACACACACACACACACACACACACACACACACACACACACACACAGAUAGAUUCACUCGUGCACACUCACACUCACUCUGACACACAGAGACAGACUGGAUUUGCCAAUCUAUGUGCACUUAUCCACUUCAUGCCCUUUAACAGUAUGCAUUCCAUACAAUGUUAUAAUGUGUACUGUUUAACCUAAACAGUGCUGUACAGUAUCAACCUUGGAACCCGUUAUCAGUAAGUCAUCAAAACAUGCAUUGCUGAAGUCAGGGUAACACAUACACAUACCGGCAAUAACACAAAGUUCGACUUACACAAGUCUGCAUCUAGCUCGUUUCUCAGAUCUCCAUCUGUUUUCGUUAAGUUACUGUAUCUAUUUUAUUACUUUAUUUUGUGCCUCGACAAACUGUGCCUACUAUAAACCAGACAGGUUCCACACAUGGAUUUAUCUCAGACCACUCAUACACUCCCUCUCCCGACCCUUAUUUUUGGUCUGCUGGGGUGGUUGGUGUUAUUAUUAUUAUUAUUAUUAUUUAUUUUUUGUUGUUGAGAAUAUUCAGUUAUCGGUUGAUCGAAUCAAAACGGCUCAACUUCUCGGCCAAACCCGACACGGGGCAAAGGUUACGGCGUGAUCAGACGCUUCUAGCAGUGUGUGUCCUGCACAGGAGCCGGUCUGUGACGCUUCUCUGAAAGGCUGUUCUGUUCACCGAGGGGACCGUCCCUCCCAUCUGUCCCUCUGUCUUGACCGCUCGCCAGUGAAGAUACCGGGCCGGUACAAAGAGCUCUUUUGAAUGAGGAGAAUUACGCUUAGUUCCUGACCAAAUGAAGUUAGCAGUGGAGCCCCUUCAUCCAACACAGUCAGUGUAGUCACUGCUAAAUGAAGCGCCAUCAUGCGUAAUUGGAGUGCACCAUUUUCAUGCUAUUGAUCGGAGAAUCUGUAAUUCAGUUAAUCAGGGGCCUUUUUAUUGCCAAUUUGGUAGAGUACAGGCAUGUCUUGCUGUAGAGAUAAUGACCUAAACAUUUUGUUGAAAAAUUGGUACGUUUUUUCAGUUAAGUAGUAUACAGGUAUUUAUAUUUGUGUGUGUGUGUGUGUGUGUGUGUGUAUGUGUGUGUGUGUGUGUGUGUGUGUGUGUUGAGAGGAAGCUUAGUCGCAGUGACGCCGAGUGAUGGGAAGGAGCGCGUUUGCCUGGCUUUGAGCCAGCAGGGGUCACCGCAGGCUUCCUUCCUGUGGUCUCUCCCUCCGGUGACCGCACUAAGCAGUGCUCACUUCACUUCUCUCAGCGGCCUCUUGCGCUGACACUCUCCCUCCUGUUCACAUGCACAGAGGGGGGGGGGGGGGACUGCCUUUCAUUUCAAUGGUAGUUGUCACACAGAAAAUGGGCCAUAGUAGAGGCCUUUUAAAUGUUAAAUCUAGUGGAGGAAGUCUCCCAGGGUGUGUGUGUGGGGAAAUUAUGGACGGCAUGUUAAUGUGAUAAUAGCAGUUGUGUGAUCAGGAACGAUUUGCCGCACACCAAAUUGACUAGUGGUGUUGUGAUGUGGAGGUGAAUGGCUCUCGGUCUCGAGGGCUCUCUCAUGAAAUCUGAAGUUGGUGUUCCUAUUGUACGAAAUGAGAAAGGAGAAGUUAGUUCAGGGUUGGGCUGGGAUAGGGUGGGGUGGGUGAUUAAUCUAACCAAAGACUGUAUGUAUACGCUGAAUUCCUGAUUAUGCAAUUCAUUAAUGGGUAUCCUGAGUUUCAUGUCCUGUUUUUUUUUCCUCCCCCAAGCCUAAUGUCCAGAUUGUUUACCUGUAUGUGUCAUGUGCCUUGUACUUGCUUUGUCUUCAUCUGACUGCUCCCUUGAUGUAUGCUUACAUAAUGACACCAUGUUGAAAUGCCAUUGGCCACAGUUGGGCAGAAGGCAGCACAGGAAGCCCUUACUCGGAACACGGCUCAUGAUAGGACUAGAGUCAUCUAAACACCUUAAAGUAUUCACUGUAUUGUUCAGUCUGUUCUCACGAUGGCUUUCUGGCCUCAAAUUAGAGUUACACUGAGGCUGAAUUAUAUCAGCAUGGAGCAAAAUUUGGCAACCAGAGUUUUGACGGAACUACUGCACAUAUCUUCUAUUAUGUCCCUCCAGUGUUGUGAAUGUUCUUGCACUUUCUUCAAAUAAGGUUCCACUUAAAUGACAUGAUAGGAAAGUCCAAUGUCACUGGAUGAAUGGACUGACAGCAGUGCCUAUGGAGUCCCAACAACUUUGAAGUAAAUCAAGCGCUCCUCGUGAGCUGUGCUGUGGUCUUGUAAUGGUCGUUUUAGCAAAACGCACAAUUGUUUAGAGGGCCCUGGAAAGCAUGCAGAUCCAGAGCCAUUCGUCUUGGACGUGUGCCAAAGCCAUCACAGACUGACUGGUCUUGACAGUGUUCACGCCGCCUUCUGUCUCCCUAACUGUGUAGUUCAUCCUGCUGAGUCUCUUGUUGUACUGAUGGUCUCAUUAAAUGGUCUGAUGAAAGUUGCAAA